UGGGCCCCCCAGGCAAUAGGGGAUCAUGGGGCCCCUGUGUCCUUGCCAAAACUCAAAAAAGCCUAUGAAAACGGUAUCAGGGGCAUCUCAUGGGGCCCCCUACUGACCCCGGGCCCUCGGCAAAUUACAUUAGAACAUUCUAAACUUGUUUGUACCAACAGUGGUGAGCAGGGGCGGACUGACAACUCAUGGGGCCCCUGGGCAAUAGGGGAUCAUGGGGCCCCCUGUGUCCUUGCCCAAACUCAAAAAAGCCUAUGAAAAAGGUACCAGGGGCAUCUCAUGGGGACCCCUACUGACCCCGGGCCCUCGGGCAGUGCCUGAGUUUCCAAAUGGUCUGUCCGCCCCUG